AUGUACAAUACAUUUCCUACUCUAGAAAGAAUUAGCCUGCGCCAAAGGUUGAAAAAUAUGGAGCUGGACGAGUCUGAGGAGACUACACUGCACGAUGUUAACAUUGAAGAGGAAAUGAGAAGGAAGCAGCAGGCUCGUGAGGAAGCAUAUGAUGAGGACGAGGGCAUGCGUCAUGGUGGAACGGCCUUCAUUAUGGCACAAUAUGUUACUCUUGACCUUGAAAUAUGA